AUGGGAACGACUUCUGUCCGCCGCAAUCUCUUUCACCAUCAUUUCAGCAGACGCCCUGGCUCGAUGGCUCCUUCUAGCUCCUCUGCGCAGAGCAGUGCUACUCACGGGGUUCCGGUUCUAUCCGCGCAGAUGGCACCCUCGAUGUCCUCGGACUCAGCCUCGUCCUUGAGUUCCGGCCCCGUUGAUGGGGGGGAAAUUGUGGCCCGAGACAAGAACGGUGGCUACAAGCUCGACAUUCCGGUUCUCCCCGCUUUGGUUGGCAAUGGGGGUGAUGAAAUGGAGGGUAUAGAAGACGUAGGUGCCCAGGGCGGUUCCGGGGCCGCAACAAUCGAUGCUACAAACCAGACCGAUAUCUCAAGACGAGAGAAAGAGAAGAUCGAAGCCAGUUUGUCUGAAAUUCUUUUCGACAGCCAAAUCUUGACGCUUAUCCAGCAGAGCCUUCGUAACAAAGUUGCCGCUUUGGAGGAAGAUAAUUGGAUGUACGAACCCGAGGUCGACUCCAGUAUCUAG